AUGCUGGGCAGGCAGCUGGUCAAAAGCCGACGGCUGACCGGCACUGGGCUGGAAUUGAUACGAGGGGCUUGUAGCUCGAAGCCGGAACAAGCAAACACUGCGCCGUCCGAGCUACCGAAGAAGGCCAAGCAGUUACAGCACUUGGAAAAAUUUCCUGAAAUCUUCCCCGACUUCGGCCAAUCGCCAAAUUUUUAUGAUCAAUACUGGCCGUCACGUCCGCCGACAAAAAUCUGGCGUCACCAAGAAGGGCUGCACCAUCGAUUCACGCUGCGCAAUGUGGUUGAGGGGAUCGGCGUUGAGAUCAUGUACGAGAUGUACAACCCGACAAUCAAGAAGAUCGAGUGUUUGAAGUUGGAGAAACGAUUGGACAACGAUCUCUCGUAUCUGAUCGACGCUCUCCCGGAAUAUUCCACCUUCGAUUUCAACAUGGAGGGCGUGGCUCACCCGGCUGGCACCCCGAUUCCGGUCAAUUCGUUAAAGGUAAAAAUGAAGCCGGCCCCGUGGUCAAGCCGAUGGGAAAUCCGCGGUUGCCAGGGAAUCGAAGACGCCUGGACGGCUCAAACGCCGUAUUUCAAACGAAAACUCCAUCACACGAAGAUGAACGAUUACUUGCAAUAUGAUCUCAUUCACGACUACAGGACCGGCAGCACUUUGGAGCACGAGCUGAAGGUGGAAGAAGACAUGCAAAAGUUUGAAAAGUCUCGCCACGAAGCCGGCCUGACUCGACGACGCAUUUUCCGUUCAGCCGCCGUCGCCAGAACA